AUGACUUUAGCAAUGGAGCAUACAAUUUCUUCACCGAAGUAUUCUGUACAAACAACAGAUGAUCCAUUGACGAUGAUUAGCCCAAUAUUCUUUCUCGUUCUAGCGGUGGUGGAUUUCGCUCUGUCUGUGGUUACUACAACAGCGAACGGAGCGCUAUUGUGGACAAUUAGUCGUGACACUCGUCGUCUACUUCAAACGCCCCCGUCUUUGCUGAUCGCAAACUUGUGUGUUUCUGAUCUAACAGUUGGAUUGAUUGCUGGUACUCUUGUAGGCGUGAAAGAUGUUUAUCGAUAUCAAGGUUUGGACGUUCCCGAGUUUCUGGAUCUUAUAAUCCGUUUGGUACUUGGAUUAUCAUUGUUUGUCAGUAGUGGGUCGAUCAUUGCCUUGUCCUGCGAUCGCUACAUUGCUGUAAUGCAUCCGUUUAAAUACCGAACCAACAUGACUAAGGAAAGAAUAAGGAUUUGCAUCGCUAGUAUCUGGGGAAUUGCCGCGACUGUGUGCUUUCUACCGUUAACAAAUGUUCCUGAAGAAAUAUUCAAGAUCGUGUAUGCGCAUACUCACGCAUCGUUCCCCGCCAUAUUGUUAACAAUCAUGUACUGUAAAGUCUUUCUCGCUUUGGGAAAAAGGAAACGCGAACUUAAAGAAGCUGGAAUCACCGCCACGAUGAAAAGCAAACAAGCUUUAGACCGCGAAAGGAACAUGGUCGUGACAAUUCUGAUUGUGUUGGCGUUAUUCUACGUGACAGUCGUACCUGAAUUCGUUGCGUUACAUCUAAUGUACUUUUGCCAGUCGUGCAAACGAUCAAUAAUUUUUAGAAAGUUGGAGAUUGUGUUUUCGCGAUUUCUUUUCCUUAAUUCUGCCUUAAAUCCCUUUGUGUGUGCAUGGAGAUUGCCCAAGUAUCGCCACGUAUUCCUAAGGGAUCGCUCUAACAAAUUUCUACCCACAAAGGUUUAA